GGCCCUGCAAGCAGUGAUCGCAGCAUCAUUCCAAGACCGUUCUCAACAUGGGGAACUGUGCAGAUUGCUUGAGAGGUUUUUUCUGCCCGCCAAAGAACACCAACAUCCGUAUUAGUCUGCCGGCUGUCUGCUUCGUAUGGCAGAUUGCAAUGAUCGUACUGUUUGGCGUUUUCAUCCGGUACGAUGCAGAAUCAGACAUACGACUGUGGCUACAGCUCAAACAUACUAACAACAUCACCAGCGACAUCGAGAAUGACUUCUACUUCAGAUACCCCAGCUUCCAGGAUGUCCACGUCAUGAUCUUUGUUGGAUUCGGUUUCCUCAUGACCUUCCUGAAACGCUACAGCUUCGGCGGUGUGGGCUUCAACUUCCUGAUCGGUGCCUUUGGUCUGCAGUGGGCUCUUCUCAUGCAAGGCUGGUUCCACGCGCUGGACCCCACCACCGGAAAGAUCUCCAUUGGAGUAGAAGGUCUGAUCAACGCUGACUUUUGCGUUGCCGCCUCUCUGAUCGCCUACGGCGCCCUGCUGGGCAAAGUGAGCCCCGUCCAGCUGAUGGUUGUCACCUUGUUUGGCGUCACACUGUUUGCUGUGGAGGAAUACAUAAUCCUCAACCUCCUUCAUUGCCGGGAUGCCGGUGGCUCCAUGGUCAUUCACUGCUUCGGAGGGUACUACGGUUUGACCAUCUCCUGGAUUCUCUACCGACCAAAGCUCCACCAAAGCAAACGCCUCAAUGGAUCCGUCUACCACUCUGACGUAUUUGCUAUGAUUGGCACACUGUUCCUGUGGAUGUUCUGGCCAAGUUUCAACUCGGCCAUCACAGACCACGGCUCUGGACAGCACAGAACCGCCAUCAACACCUACAUCGCCCUCGCCUCCUCUGUGCUCACCACCGUGGCCAUCUCCAGCGCGUCUGAGAAGAGAGGAAAGCUGGACAUGGUGCACAUCCAGAAUGCCACUCUGGCAGGUGGUGUUGCCAUGGGAACCGCAGCGGAGUUCAUGAUCACUCCUUACGGUGCGCUCAUCGUGGGUUUCUGCACAGGAAUCAUCUCCACCUUUGGCUACCUGUUUGUCUCGCCCUUCAUGGAGAAAUACCUGAAAAUCCAGGAUACGUGUGGUGUUCACAAUCUGCACGCUUUGCCCGGGAUGCUCGGAGGCUUCAUAGGGGCCAUUGUUGCUGCUGCCGCCACUGAAGAGGUCUACAGCAGGGAGGGGUUGAUCGAGACGUUUGACUUUGAAGGCGAAUUUGCAGACAGAACGGUAGGAACCCAGGGAGGCUUCCAGGCGGCCGGCGUCUGUGUGGCUAUUGCAUUCGCAGUCGUUGGUGGAGCGGUUGUUGGUCUCAUUCUGAGGUUGCCUAUCUGGGGUGACCCCGCUGAUGACAACUGCUUUGACGAUGAAGUGUACUGGGAGGUUCCUGAGGAUGAGGAGGGGAUCCCUCCUGUUUUGGAGUACAACAAUCACAUGACACACAAACACCAAGACAUAUCCGAGUCAAACUUCUCUGUGGAACAAAGUUAGAAAAUCGGUCAAAUUGGUGAAACAAUAAUAGGAGCCAUGUGCAGUUUUACAAAGAAUGAAGAAGGUUCAUGUUAUGAUGGCUGUAAUUAGAUUUUUCAUGAAUGGUUUAAUUUUGAAGAAUUUGAAAUUACUUACAUUUUUUUUUUGUUUUGGCAAAAACUUCAAAUGAUUUUCAGAUGCUUAAUAACUGUAAAAUAUCGAGUUCUGAAUUAAUUUGUCCUUGAUGGGAGGUUGAAGACUGUUAAUGCUGUGUAAGUUGAUUAUAAUGCACAGAAGAACUGUGUUAGAAGAAUCAGUUGUUGUACAUUUUUAUCCAUAAUAACCAUAGAACCUUUAAUAGCCUUUUAAAACUAUUAGUGAUGUCAUUCAUGUUUUUAAUUCUAUUUCUCAAUAAUGAAGACUGUAAGAAUAAUCAAAAGUAUUUAUGCAGCCAAAUUAGACCAUUUUGGAGUUUUUUGUCUUCUUUUAAGUGAUGUAUAGGUUUUUGUAAAUUGUG